UGCAAAUCACGUGGUUCAUCAUAUGACUGCAUCCUAUGAUAGUUGUAAACUAUUGUCCCACCGGUGUCGUACAAGAUGAGGUCGAUUUUAAUUCUCUCUUCCGUCCUUUUGGUUGCAGCAUGUGUCUCUGCAUUACAAAGAAUCAAACUGCACAAGUUUGAUAAAACUGUUCGAGAGACUUUGUUAGAAAAAGGAACAAGAGUGGAAAAUUUAAAGAGGAAAUACAGUCGGUUAAUCACAGGUCCAGAACCAGAGCCUCUGUCAAAUUAUAUGGAUGCUCAAUACUAUGGCGUAAUCGGAAUUGGCUCACCUCCUCAGCAGUUUAAAGUCAUCUUUGAUACUGGUUCAUCAAAUCUCUGGGUCCCAUCAAAGAAAUGCAAACUGACUGACAUUGCUUGCUUGUUGCACAAUAAAUAUGAUAGCUCCAAGUCCUCAACGUACAAGGCUAAUGGAACAGAUUUUGAGAUUCGCUAUGGAACUGGAAGUCUGAAGGGGUUUUUAAGCACCGACACUGUUACGAUUGGAGACAUCAAGGUACUGAACCAGACAUUUGCAGAAGCAACAGAACAGCCAGGAAUCACAUUUGUGGCAGCUAAGUUUGAUGGAAUCUUGGGGAUGGGCUACCCCCAAAUCUCAGUAGAUCAUGUGUUACCAGUCUUCAAUAACAUGGUCAAUCAAAAACUAGUACCAGCACCCAUCUUUUCCUUCUACCUGGACAGAAAUCCUACUGGCAAGGAGGGGGGUGAGUUAAUUCUAGGAGGCAGUGAUCCUAAAUUCUACUCUGGUAACUUCACCUACGUUAAUGUGACCCGACAAGGUUAUUGGCAGAUUAAAAUGGAUGGAGUUAAGCUUAAUGGUAAAACCUCUAAAUACUGCUCAGGAGGAUGUAAAGCUAUUGCUGAUACUGGAACCUCCCUGUUAGCUGGCCCAACCUCAGAAAUCAAGUCCCUCAACCAAGCAAUAGGAGCAAAACCAUUUGCAGCUGGAGAGUACACAGUAGACUGUUCAAGUAUUCCAAGUUUACCUCCAGUGAGCUUCACCUUAAAUGGCAAAGAUUUUACUCUUCAAGGCAAAGACUACAUAUUGACUGUAACUGAGAUGGGUCAAACAAUAUGCUUGAGUGGCUUUAUAGGUCUGGAUAUUCCUGCCCCUGCUGGCCCCCUGUGGAUAUUAGGAGAUGUUUUCAUUGGCACCUACUACACAGAAUUUGAUCUCAGCCAGAACCGAGUUGGAUUUGCCAAAACCGUUAACUAAUUUUUUUGAGUUUUGAUCAAGAAUUUCACAUUUCAGAACUGCAUUUUGAUAUUACAGUAAAAGUUGGUGUGUGCUCACUUUGAAUAGAUUCAGCAGGAAGAAGAUAUAGGAAGUUUUUUGAAAAUAACAAACAGGAUGAUUUGUUUAAAAGCAGUUGUAUUGUCCGAUUAACAGGUUUGGUAAAAAGACAUAUAUUUCAUAUAUACAGUACAUGUACAUAAGUCUGCUCCUUCUAUUCCCUUACAGUAUUUACACACUAAGUUAAUAUUUAGCUGGUCUAAAGCAGAACAGAAAAACACGUGGAAUGGCUAUUGUUGUGCAGAUACAUGUAAAAAUGCUUUACUUCAAAUAAUAUCAGUUAUCUUUAAUAUUCUUACUAACAUGGCUUUUUUUUUGCUUCAUUUAUUAAAGCUUUCAGGUGUGGUUUGGCUGUUAAUGCAAUCUUGUGUUAUAGACUUUCUGCAUGGAAUGGUCAAUAUAUCUAACUCUGUAGUCUUUGUAGUGAUUCCUGGAUGUGUAUCCCCUCGGGCACCAGAAUUAAAACUUUGUUGAAAUUACCUAGAAAAAUCAAUUAUAAAACAAUAUAAUUAUGUCAUUACAAGAUGGAGAGUUGUUGGUAUUCUAUUCAGAAAGUUUAACUACAUGUAUCAUUAAACUGCAAAAUUUAUGUACCAGUAGUUUAAAUGCACAGCAUUUCAGCAUAGUUAAUGCAUUAAAUUUUACUAAUGCUACUAAAACACAAAGUAAAAUUGAAUAAAAUUUAAAUUGCCCUAGGAGAUGCAAAGCAGCACUUGGAGUAUUGGGAAUUGCAGACUACAGAAAAAAAAAUGAUUAGCAUUUGAUAUGAUUUCAACAAUUAUGUGUAUUAAAGGUUAAUUUGACUUGAUGUAUGAUAUUACAAUACUCUAUUUAUUAUAGUGGAAAAAAAAAGAUUGAGAUGGUUUAUCAAAUGCUAAAUUGUUUUAAUGCUAUUUUUAGCUCACCUGAGCCGAAGGCUCAAGUGAGCUUUUCUGAUCACAUUUUGUCCGUCGUCCGUCCGUCCGUCUGUCUGUCUGUCUGUCUGUCCGUCCGUCUGUAAACUUUUCACAUUUUUGACUUCUUCUCAAGAACCACUGGGCCAAUUUUGACCAAAAUUGGUACAAAGCAUCCUUGGGUAAAGGGGAAUUUAAAUUGUUAAAAUGAAGGGCCAAGUCCCCUCACAAGGGGAGAUAAUCAAGAGAA